AUGGAUUUGGAUUUAGAAUUUUCAAUUGAUUUUAAAAGUCAACAAUUUAUCGAUAACUUCAUUCAUAAAUUUUUAUACUUGUCAUUACCUGUAAGUUUUAUUGUUGGUUUUGUCACUCAAAGUUUAUUAUAUUUAAUUUUCACGUUUGUUAUUUUUAUUAUUGUUGUUUUAUUAGUAUCAUUACCAAGUUAUCCUAAAUAUAAUAAUAAUAAAGUCAAUUGGUUAAAAGCAUAUUAG